AUAUGGACCCGAGGCAGUUGGUGUCUUUGCUUCGCAAGCAGUAUGGAGCUUCGAAUUUCAGCGUUGAUUUGCAACGCGAUCAAUAUAUAAUACGAAUCAAUGAAGGAAAGUUCACUGAAAGCCCUCGUCUGACAGAAGAGCAAAUCGACAAAUGUCGCCGGUAGUUUAUAAUAACACGUUAUGCAACAAAUCCUCGCUAGGGAAGCUGGAGCUGGAAAGCGCGGAGAUUGACUGGGGAAAAAACGAUUAUCAUAGGGAAUUUCGGGUCACUUCAUAUAUAUAUCGUCUUUCAUUUAGUGCAUAGUACUACGAGGUUUUGACUUCUCUAUGCUGCCAUGUUUUUGUUGGGCCUUACUGCCUUAUUUCAGGCCUCAAAAAUUCUCACGGCCGUUUUGCGCCAUGUCCUACUGUAGAGGACGGCUUGUCAUGGGCUAUGCCCCCUGCUGCCCCAAUGCGCUGCGAUAUCUCGCGCUGGUUCUGUUUCGA